GUUACCUAAACUUGUAAUCUACUCAAUCAAGUACAGUAGGUCUCGACCGUUAGCGCUUGAAAUGGCUUGGUUUGUACAAGUUGGUCUGCUGUGUCUGAUGGCUUCACUCGUUUUCGCUCAGAACGAGAAAGAAACAGAUUGGUUCUUGUGUGCUCACGGCUCAACCCGCUCGCUCGCUCGACCAAAUUCCGACGAAUGGACAGCUCGCUUGCCGUACGGAGACUUUCAUAUUCCCUAUUGGGAGGUACCGUUCAACGAGGGUCCCAACCUUGCGGGCGGAGUCAACCAACGCGCCAGCGACGGUCACAUUCAUCUCCCUCUGCUCGGUCCAGACAAAUACAACGGUAGUCCCGAUUGGCCGUCUGGAGGGUCUCUAAAGCGAUGGUCUCCAGCCAUGGUGUGGGAAAUCGACGGAAACACAGGAAAGACUGUACGAGAAUACAAUCUGUCUGACUAUGCAGCUUGCUUCAACUCAGUGUUGAGGUAUACACCAGACGGAUAUCCCGUUGUAGCGGGGUACUCACACGGCGGAUCACGGAUUCUUGUAUUGGACAAGAAUAGUUCGAGUGUUGCCAACAGUUACAGUCCCAAUGACGUCGAACCCCAACUGCUCGCCGUGUCUCAAACCGAGCCGCCUCAGCUUAUUUGGGCCGAUAUCAGUGCUGAUGCUGCUGCUAACGUGAACGGUCACAUGCUUGAGACAAACACGCAGAUUUCUACGUCGGCGUUGUCGACUAUUAUAUGUGGUGCAGAUGGGCGGACGAUCUACAACAAUGGAUUCUUUAAUCACGAUACGGGUAUUUUUAGGUUUAGUCUCCCACUGAAGUCAUCAAGUAAGGAGGACUUGUUUAUAUCCGGAUGCUUGACUAAGCCAUGGGUGAUGGCUUCCGACAGUCAGGGUAGAAUUUUUGCUCUCUGCCAAUCACAAAACCACAUUCGAGCGUGGGAUAGAACCGGAAGAUCUUUAUGGUCGGCGUCUGGCACUUCCAACUUUCUAACUAUUUCGGACGACGAGACUACUUUACUGGUCGGGAAUAGUAAUAACUGGGAAGCAAUCGACACGACGAGUGGCAAGGUGAUGUGGCAGAAAUCGGCUUCUGAGGCGUUUGGUGAUGGCGUCCACUGUACCAGUGCUUCUCAGCCGUGGGCACCUCGCCAUCCGAUUCCGUUUCCAGAUGGUCAGUUUGCCUUUCUCUGCUCUAAGGACGACGUAUGGAAGGUAUUCAGGUUGUCUGCCAAGACUGGGGAAGGAAACACGAUGGCGGUGUCAUUCGAUUUUAACCCUGAGAUGCUGACAGCCGACAGUGCCAUGAAUGUGUACGCAUACGGUACUGUAAAUGGCGUGAUUACCGUUCAGAAGAAAUCAUUUUCUGGACAUGAGUGACCACAAAGUGACAUUUUAAAAAUGCACGGGCUGGCAAUUGCUAACGUCUUUGCUUUCAUUGGGCUGACCUGCAUGGGCCACGAAGUCAACGAGUUUUAAAUGUUGAAGCUGCGUAAAACAUUUAUUGACACAUGCUAUGAUAGUUAUAAUAUCAUUAGAUUAGAUGGGAUUGCAACAUGUAUCUUGAACGUAAUGGCUUUGAGUGAAACGUCAUUAAAGUAUAUGGUUUGUAAUUUGCAGUAUGGCAAGUUUUACGUAA